AGGAGAGUAGCGGGCCCGCACAUACCAGUCUCCAGCAAGCUCGAGAUGCGACUGAUCGACUCCAUGGCGGCCGGCGGCGCCCCGAGAGCACUUGGUUCUGCCGUUUGACAGGCCCCAGCGAUAGGAUACGUGCCUCAGCUUCCAGAACGGGCGGGGAUUAUGCGGAGUCGGGCAAGGGAACGCCGUGGCGGGCAGAUCUGUGAGGUGGUGUGCCAGGCCUGCGUGAAGCGUGUGAUGCAAUGUUGCUCGCGGUCGACCGCGGGGGCGGAGACGCAUCCUAUUCGACCGUCAUCGUGCUGACCUCCGACUGCAAGCCACCACCGCUCUUCCCCAUGAGCCGGUCGGCUGCAUGCAGGAAAGCUGAUCACUUUACGACAUGGCCCUUGAGCCCACCGUUCUCUAUCCCCUGACGCUGCCUGCACUGCUCGACUACAUUCUGUCGACGCAAUCUGCGUCCUCUCCCACCACCCUCAUUGUGUGCUCAGAUCGACAGACGCUCCUGGGGGAACUCGCGCAUGCACUCAAGGAACAGCAGGAGACGAGUCAGAGCAGCAAUCUGAAGCAACUGCUCGCCCCAACUCUCCAUAAUCUUUCAACUACAAGACAUGUCAAGCUGGCAUUCUGCGCGUCCGUUCAGGCGCUGCUGGCUUACCUGACGGCAUACGAUCGGCCAGGCUAUGUGCACGUGGAUGAGGGUGAGGCCAAGGAGAGACUGGUGCUGGUGAACUUGCUAGCUCUACAUAAGCCAACAUCGUCUUUCUCGGCCCAAGGUCUCUCGAGGACACUCGCGACUGCAGUGGACACGGCGCUGCGAACGGGAGCAAUGCUGCAUCUUGUCGAGUGUGAAGGCAGACGCAGGACGUCUGAGGCAACCUCUAAGGACGACAUGGCCAUGGCUGAUGGAGAGGAAGAGGUGCUUGUGCCUGCUGCAGAGCAAGAUCCAUGGGACCAAGACGUCUCCAUCCUCAACAUCUCUGCACGGAGAUUUGGCUCGGGCGCUGGCGAGCGCGCAUGGGCUGGCUGUACAGUCAAAGCAAAACGAAUCGCAGCAAGGUGGUUCAAAUUCCAUAAUCUCGGCGACCACCACGCGAACGGAGGGCUCGGCUGAAGUCAAACAGAAAAGACAAUGCAAGUCCAGAUAUGUAAAUGUCUUGGUUUCGCUAUGCUAUGAGUCGUAAUGUCCAACUCGAGAAAUCAGUCUGGGGAUCGUCGACAUCGUCAGCCAUGGGGUCGUC